GCGACCACCUCUUCCCGGCCCGUGGCGGGCCCGCCUCCCCCUCUCCGUUCGGGAUCCGUUUCCCCUGUCCGGAGCUCAGGCCGCGGCGAGAACUCAGGAUAUAUUUUUGCCAUCAUGGAUCAGUUUGGAGAUAUAUCAGAAGGUGAAGUGGACCAUUCUUUCUUUGACAGUGACUUUGAAGAAGCAAAGAAAUGUGAAAGUAACUCAGUUUUUGACAAGCAAGGUGAUGACCCUAAAGAGAGAAUAGAUGAAGAUACAGAAAACUUAAAAUUUGGAAUACAAAGAAAUUAUCUUACUGAGAAAGGAAAUGAAAGAAAAGAGAAAAUUCCUUCAGAAGAACACCCUGUAGAAAAUGAUAGUAUACAAACUGGAAAUUCCUUAUCAUUGACCACUUCUUCAAGAUCAAAAAAAUUAUGUGAUGCUACAACAGGACGUAAAAUACCCUUGCCCAUUCCAAAUAGAAUUCCCAGAAUUGUGAAAGAAGGUGAAGAUGAUUACUAUACAGAUGGAGAGGAGAGCAGUGAUGAUGGGAGAAAACAUCAUGUCAGGUCCAAGUCAGCUAAAGCAUCUAAUAACUUUAAAAAAGGCCUAAGUAAAAAGUAUUCCAAAAGUAGUUCCUCUUCCUCCUCUUCCUCUUUGUCAUCCUCGUCCUCGAGUUCAGAGACAGAUUGUUCAGAUGCAGGGUCUGAUAUCUGUACAUCUGAUUCAUCUCCGUCAUUAAAGAAGCGUCUAUCUGGUGUAACCCACUUGUCACCAAAACAGAAGUAUAAACCAGGAAUAAAAUCAACAGGGACACAGCCUUCCAGUAAUAAACCAAAAGUCGGUGACUACACUGAGGAGUCUGAAGAUACUGUCACAGACGUAACUCCUCUCUCAACUCCAGACAUCAGCCCCGUUCAGUCUUUUGAACUGGGUGCGUCCAAUGAUCAAACAGUAAAAGUUAAAAGGCAAGAAAACGUGAGUCAAGAAGUGUAUGGAAAUGUUGAGGACUUAAAAAAUAAUUCAAAAUCUUUGAAAUCAGCCAAAAAAGGGAAAGAAAAACAUGAGCCCAAUCUCGCCUCAAAGUCUUCAGUGUUAGAGUCUGAUUUAGACCACAGAUAUAAACAAAAAGUCUUACAUGACACAAUGGACCUGAAUCAUCUUUUGAAAGCUUUUCUGCAGUUAGAGAAAAAAGGACCACAAAAACAGCACUUUGAUCAGCCUUCAGUAGCACCUAGGAAGAACUACUCGUUCACAAGAGAGGAGGUGAGACAGAUUGAUCGGGAGAAUCAAAGGCUUUUGAAAGAACUCUCAAGGCAGGCGGAAAAACCAGGAAGCAAAAGUAUGAUUCCUAGAAGAUCGAUUGGUCAUCCCCCUAAGUUAUAUCAUAGCGCUCUCAACAGACAGAGGGAACAGCAAAGGAUUGAAAGAGAAAAUUUGGCUUUAUUGAAAAGGCUUGAAGCUGUGAAGCCAACAGUGGGUAUGAAACGCUCAGAACAGCUGAUGGACUAUCAUCGCAAUAUGGGUUAUCUCAGCUCAUCGCCAUCCUCAAGACAAGUGAGAUCAACUCUUGGCCAGUAUAGCCCACUAAGAGGCGCGUCCAGGACAUCCAGUGCUACCAGUGGUCUCAGUUGUAAAAGUGAGCGACCAGUUUUUGACACAUCCAGUGGCCUGUUGCUAAGACCUAAGCCCCCUAAUGUCCGUACAGCUUGGUUAUAAAAGCUCUUUUUACUGUAAACAUUGUUCAUCCAAUGCUUAUUGAAGUGCUCUUGUAUAUUACUAUAAUUCUCUGUAAACAUCUAUAAUACUGUGUUAAGCAAUUUAAGGUGUACAACAGCAAGUUGUAAUUUAUUGUAAUUCAAUGCAAAAUUGUUUUCCAAAAGACAAUGUAAUGUAAAAUCAGUGUUUCCUAUGAGGAUGUACUUAUAUAAGAUGUAUAUGUAUUUAAUAGAGAAAUGGUUGUAUGCGUGUAUACUUUCUCAACAUAGAAAUGGAUUCAGCUGUCACGCUGACAGAAUACUUGUGAUUGUAUCACUGCACAUGGGACCCAAGAUGUUAAUUAGUUGUUGUUUGAUGCUUUUUUUCAUUUCUUACAAGAUUUAAACCAUGAGCAUAGCUGACUUUGUUUUCUAUUUGCUUCAGAACUUAGGUGGUGUGACUUUUAACUUGUGAGACAGUUAUGCUUUCUUCUUGUGAAACAAAUCUUGAAAUGUGUUUUUAGUGGUGGAGCUGAUUUAGACUUGAUGAGCAGAUUGAGAGAAGCUUGUGCUGGGGCAGUCCUUGUGCACCAGAGGUAUCUGCUGCCUGUGCUAUCUGUAGAAAUGUGCUGAGUUAGAUCUUAAAAAUUUGAUCAACCAUUCCAAACCUUUUCAAACUGAGUAUUAGAAAGUUCAACUUAGAAGCUCCUUGUUCGUGUUUUUAUACAUUCAGGUAAAGUAUAUUAAUGAUUUUGGGAAAUGAGGUCGGCUUUAGAGCUGCAGUCUACUGCAUUGUGAAUAGUUUGUCCAAGGACCAGAUCAUCAUAAGCAAAAACAAGUAUUUGUUGAAUCAGCAAAAUAGCACCACCAGUUUGAAGAGCCAAGAAGCAGAUGCUGAAUUGUGUCAGAACAGUGUUUUAAGUGAUGCUGUUAACAAGUUGUGUUAUAUUUAGUAUUUAUUGUAUUAAGAGUGAAGAUAAAUAAGAAAGAAAUGCAUUGUCUCGCAGCCGUAGAAAUUCUAGCUAGUGUUGUUAAGGGCUGGAAAAGAAAACUAAAAUAUGAACGAUAAAGGAAAAAAAUCACAUAUUUGCUGAGGCUACUAAAUGUCAGCUAAUUUUCUUGUUUUGUUUUGGUUUGGGCUUUUGGGUUGAAUCCUGAAAGUGUCAUUUUUGCCAGUCCUGCUUUUAAAGGCCUAGUAAUCUUAAUGGAAUUAGUAAUGGCAAACAGAGUGUAAUAUAGAUUGACUUUUGAAAUUAGAAUAUUUUUCUGUCAAUCUCUAGGCUCUUGUUUUAUACAACAAGUAUAUCUCAUUCAUGGUUGUAUCUGCUGUCCUGGUUAUCACUGUUUCUCGUUACUGGCCUUUCAGUAUACCCUUAGAAUGUGUUGGCAAGUUUCCAUAUUAAAUGCCAAACCUUUAGUUUUUUAAUAUGAAUAUUUGAUUUGUAGCCACAGUGAGAAGACGUGUUUUUUAUUUUCCGGGGUCAGUUCAAGCUCUGUAACAUGUGUGCUGAGCUUAUUUUUCUUAACACCUUUGGCAGAAAGCCAAACCACAUUUUACUAUAAACUUGAAAUCAGAAUUUCUUGGUCUUGGUUUGUAUCGAUGGGUUUUGUUUAGGAUGGGGCAUGUGAAGCCUGGGAACAGUGGGGCUAAAAAAUUCCUGUGAACACAACCUGACGAUGAGAUUUUUGUGCUUCUUUCUUUGGGCUGUACUGUUUGUUCGUUGUCAUUUGAUGCUCUGUUCUGGUGAACAAGUUUUUACAUCAUUUAGUGCUCUGCUUUAUAUAUAAACUUUAGCUACACUAAA